AUGCAAUAUGCCUACACGGCCACCAACGACGGGCUGUGCCUCGCUCUACAGACCUCUCUCCCGCUAGAAGACCUCCCCAGCUCCGGCCCCGGCUCCGCGUCCGACCCCCGCCGCAAGACCUGCAUCCUCCUCAUGCACGGCUUCAGCGGCAGCUCGGCCUACUUCACGCGCAACUACGCUGCCCUCUCCGAAUCUCACUGGGUCGUCGCCCCAGACAUGCGCGGCCACGGCGCCUCGGGCCGGUGUAAAGGCGGCUACCACGUCGCCCGCCUCGCCGCCGACCUGCGCAGCAUCCUCGUGCGCCUGCGACUGAGCCAGCCGGACGUGCGCAUCGUGCCCGUCGGCUGCUCGAUCGGCGCCGCCGUGCUGUGGACGUACGUCGAGCUGUUUGGCGACGACGAGUUCGCCGGGUUCGUCUUUGCAGACCAGGCGCCGCUGCAGGACCGGAGCACCUUUGGCGGCGGGUGGGACGCGACCAAGAGCCACACGGGCUGCUAUGACGAGGAGACGAUGCUCACCGCGCAGCAGGACUGGGUGAACGAGCCGCUACGAGCGUAUCGGUCGCUGGUCGAGGGCUGCCUCGGGUACCGGGCCGACCCAGAGAGGCCGGGCAUCGGCGGGGCGCAGGAGUCGCAGGACGAGGCGUUCUUCGUGGCCAUCAGCCAGCUGUGCGACUCGGUGUGGCUCGCGAGGUUGCUCGCGGACCAUACGAGGUACGAUCACAGGGAGGCCAUCGAGCAGAUCAGGAAGCCCACGCUUGUAAUCGCGGGACGGAAGUCAGGCUGUUUCCCACUGGAAGGGACCAAGGAGUCGGUGAGGCGGGUGAACGAGGGCAGCGGGCGGGACCUUGCCAGGUGGUCUGUCUUUGAGAGCGGCCAUUGGAUGUUCUACGAGGAGCCGGAGAGGUUUAACAAGGAGGUUGCGGAAUUUGUUGCUGACUGUGUGGCCGGGACGCAGUGA